AAGAGCAGCCCGAAAAUGACGAUAUUUAUGGACUCUUAUCGGCCCGUGAUUGAAGAUUACCUCACAAUGUUCUACGACGGCUGGCGGGAUCUGAUGGACAACAAAUCGGAUCCGCGAACACGAGACUACCCGCUCAUGAGCUCGCCGUUCCCCACGAUAGCCAUCAGUCUGACAUACGCCUAUAUCGUCAAGGUACUCGGACCCAAGCUCAUGGAAAACAGAAAGCCUUUCGAGCUGCGCAAAGUCUUGAUCGUCUACAAUGCGGCGCAGGUUAUCUUCAGUGCCUGGCUCUUUUACGAGUCCUGCAUAGGCGGAUGGCUGAACGGCUACAACUUGCGAUGCGAGCCCGUUAAUUAUUCCUACUCGCCCAAAGCGAUUCGUACCGCUGAGGGCUGCUGGUGGUACUACUUCUCCAAGUUCACAGAGUUCUUCGACACGUUCUUCUUCGUGAUGCGCAAGCGGUACGACCAGGUGUCCACGCUGCACGUGAUCCACCAUGGCAUCAUGCCCGUGUCCGUCUGGUGGGGCGUCAAGUUCACGCCCGGCGGCCAUUCGACCUUCUUCGGAUUCCUGAACACCUUCGUGCACAUCUUCAUGUACGCCUACUACAUGCUGGCCGCGAUGGGACCCAAGGUGCAGAAGUACCUGUGGUGGAAGAAGUACCUGACGGUCCUGCAGAUGAUCCAGUUCGUCCUGGUUAUGGUGCACUCCUUCCAGCUGUUCUUCAAGAACGAAUGCAACUACCCGAUUGGCUUUGCCUACUUCAUCGGAGCCCAUGCGGUGAUGUUCUACUUCCUGUUCUCAAACUUCUACAAGCGCGCCUAUGUGAAGCGCGAUGGCAAGGACAAACCGGCGGUGAAGGCGAACGGACAUGCCAAUGGACACGUCAAGGCGCUGAAGGACGGCGAUGUGGCGCCCACACCCACCCGCAACGGCCAGGCCAACGGCUUCCACAACUCCUUCUCGAAGUUCACCACGGAUAUGUGCAAUCCGGCCCUGAAUUCGUCGACGAGACAGCGCGUGCUCGUGAACGCCGGCAACAAGUGAGCCACGCCAGCCAACCAGCCAGCCAGCCAAACAUGAAACACACAUAAACAUAAAUUAAUUACGCUACCAAUUAAAUUACCGUACAUUUAAAUUAAACGUAAGCAUAGGGAGUCCAAGCCUACAUCUAAGCCAAAUCGAAUUCGCAUCAAGGUCAAGAUUAAAGACAAGAAAACAAAAA